GCCGUCUCUCCAUUUCCAUGUUGUACUGGAGAGACAAAGCAUUGAGUAGGGGGGACUCAGAGGGGACUCAGGAGCGCUAUCGUUCGCCUUCUCGCUCCAGCCGUCAUGGACGAGGCCCUGAGCUUCCCCCCCCUGUUCGCCUCUCUGUCCACUCAGGGCUUCGGAAAGCUGGAGUUGCAGAAACUCCUUGCCCCGCUUGCAGGCCUUUUCCCCCCGGAAACCAAUGUCGACCCUAUACCCAGCACUUCCGGCCGCGGCAUACAAUUCCAAACUUACACCACUGAUGGCGCAGGUGCACCCGCUGAGACUAUAAGGAGACGGGGGGGUCGGCGUCACAAGCCGCCGGUCGCAUCAGUGCUCGGAUUUGGGCCCGCUCCUAGAUAUGAAGAGUUCGACGAGGCGGCGGAGCAGUACGUGCUGGGGAAGAAGGCGGAGGAGGGAAGGCAAGGGGAGGAGACUGCCAGGCAGACGGUUAGCGAAACCCGGGAACAGAUCCGGAAAGGGGUUAAGGACGCAGGGGAGGCGGUGCAAGAAGUCAAGCAAAAGGCAAAGGGGCGGUUAUCGACUACGAAGCUACGGGUUAAGGUUAAGAAUGUUGCUGCGAAGCGACUGAUCAGCGGGGCAUUUGCGGGGGCAGUGUCGAGGACGGCGGUUGCCCCGUUGGAAACGCUGCGCACGCAUUUGAUGGUCGGUAGCAACGGGAAGAACAUUGGGGAGGUGUUUUCAAAUAUCCUUGCAAACGAGGGGUGGCGGGGGUUGUUCCGCGGGAAUGGUGUGAAUGUGCUUAGGGUCGCACCGAGCAAAGCCAUUGAGUUAUUCGCGUUCGACACCGUCAAGCGCAUACUGACGCCCAAGGACGGGUCCUCGGCCAAUUUGCCGGCAGGGCUGCCUGUGGCGACCGUGGCGGGGGCGUCCGCAGGACUGGCCUCCACUCUAUGUACCUACCCCCUGGAGCUCCUGAAGACCAGGCUGACAAUCCAGAGGGGGGUUUACACCGGAAUGGGUGACGCGCUUACCAAGAUCGUGCGUGAGGAGGGCUUCCAAGAGCUGUACCGAGGACUCACGCCCAGUCUGAUCGGUGUCAUACCGUAUGCCGCUGUCAACUAUUACGCCUACGAUUCGUUGAAAGCCACCUAUCGGAAGGUCACGAAAAAGGACAAGGUAGGGAACCUUGCCACACUGUUCAUCGGUUCGCUUGCUGGGGCGAUUGCGAGCGGGUCCACCUUCCCAUUGGAGGUGGCCCGAAAGCAGAUGCAAGUGGGCGCCGUGAGCGGCCACAUAGUUUACCGCGACGUUUUCCACGCGCUGAGCAGCAUCCUGAAGAAGGAGGGCGUCGCGGGCCUCUACCGGGGACUGGGGCCGAGCUGGAUGAAGCUCAUGCCUGCGGCAGGGAUGUCGUUCAUGUGCUAUGAGGCUUGCAAGCGGAUACUGAUCGAAGACGAACAGCAGCGGAUGAGCUAGACUCAAUAGGUGUAAGUAGGUACUGAGGUUGAUUGGUGCUCGCAGAUGGGCGUCUAGUCAGCAUAAGGCUUGCGCUGGUCCGUAAUCAGGUUUUCAAGAUCGUCAAGGUCGGAACGGACUUUGCGCAUUGACACAGUGAGUCGACACCGUCUACAGCCGAUAGGUUCGACCUCGGUUUGAUUAGAACCGCUAUCCAUCUUUCCUGUCAAUCGCAUGUACCUCAAGGCUUUCCAGACAGGCGAAUACUAGAUAUGUGAAUGAACAGGUUUGUCUUCUAAUCCAAAAUUAGGAUGGUCGCUAUGCAAUUAUAUGCA